AUGCCAGUGACUCGGCGUCUGCUUCGCGAGGAAAUUACUUACUCAUCUGCUAAAGAUAGAGAAGUCAAUAUUCUUCACCGCCUAAGCUAUCCAAGCCAGGAAGCCAGAUUCUUCACUCUUCUCAAUAACAGGCGCAGCUGGAUCAGAGCAAUUGUUGCCCAUCACUUGAACCUGGAGUCGCCCGAUGCAUGCCAUGUUGCCGACGUAGAUGACUGGCUCCACGGAAGCUUCAAUGUGUGUAUCCCAGUCACCACUGUUGACUGGAGAGGAAAGCAACAGCCUGGAGAACGUGUCAUACUUCGACUUCCCCUACCAUAUCGUGUUGGCGAAGCUUUUUGUCCGGGGAAUGCAGAUGAAAAAGUUCGAUGUGAGGCAGGUACUUAUGCCUGGCUGGAAGACAACUGCCCAAAUAUACCAAUUCCGCGACUGUAUGGCUUUGCAAUGUCCACAAACGAAACUUUUACUCAUGCCAAAAACUUACCUUAUUUAACCCGUUGCAUACACUUCCUACGUCGCCGUCUUCUGUCCAUGCUUGGUCGCCCUGUUCCUUCACAGUAUGUCCGUAACCAGAGUGGGACAUCUGCUGAUAGGGAAUUUGACAUUGGCUAUUUGUUGAUUGAGUAUAUUGAAGAAGCAAAAGGGAAAAUGCUAUCAAACACCUGGCUCGAGAAGCAAGAUGAUAUGAAGUUACGAAGUAAUCUCUAUCGUGACCUUAGCAGGAUAUUCCUCAGCCUUGCAAACACUCCGCUCCCCAAAAUUGGAUCUUUUGUUAUUGACAAUAAUGGAUUCCUACGCCUAGCAAACCGACCUCUUUCACUCGGCAUUCAAGAAUUAGAGAACGAAGAAAUUCCCACCUGUAUGCCGCGGGAUUACACCUAUUCUACUGUUGAUUCCUAUGUUGUGGACACUCUUUCAUUUCAUGACAACCGGCUUCAACACCAACCAAAUGCAAUAAACGACGUGGGGGACUACAUCUAUCAAUCAUCGGCUCUGGUGGCUAUGCGAGCAAUUUUUCCGUUAUUCUUCCGUCGGGAUCUCCGCCGCGGACCAUUCACAUUCAUGUUGACUGAUCUUCAUCAAAGCAAUAUUUUUGUUGAUGAAGCCUGGCAUAUUACCUCACUUGUUGAUAUAGAAUGGGGAUGCUCUUUACCUGUUGAGAUGCUCCAACCUCCUCACUGGCUUACAAACAAGGGUGUGGAUCAGAUAGUAACUGAGGAGUACAACAAAGCUCGAAUGGAAUUUAUGAACAUCUUGGCAGAUGAAGAAGAGCGAGGUGACGGUGCUAGCAACACAAUGAAACUAUCGACUGUCAUGAACCAGGCUUGGGAGAUGGGGACAUUUUGGUAUAGCCUGGCCCUGUCCAGCCCGACUGGGCUUUUCGCACUUUUUGGCAAAAAACUCCAACCACAACUAACUGAAAAAUGUCCCGAUCAUGAUGCGUUUCACCAAAUCAUGCCUUGGUACUGGGCACGGGAUACAGUGAGCAUUGUAACACGCAAGCUCGCAGAUAGACAGAAUUACGAUACUCGACUUCGGCAAGUGUUUGAGGGAGACACUCACACAAAUCAGAAUUUCAACAACUCCUAA